AUGGAACCGGAGGGAAAGUUGUUCUGGGUUCCUGGCUACAAUGCGGUGUUUCUGGACCAGCAUCUUCUUCUGAACAAGAAGACGAAGUUUAACAGCCCCCAGGAGUUCCAGAAGAAACACCAGACGUCUAAGAACACGCACGUCUUCAUCUGCACCACCAUGUUCCGAGAGUCCGAGGAGGAGAUGAGUCAGCUGAUUAAGUCCAUCCGGGACAUGGCGACCAGCCCCAGCGAAGAGGACCGCCGGAAGUACGAGUCCCACAUCCUGUUUGACGACGGUUGCAAGCAAGGUGACCUUCAACAUUUCGCCAUCCAGCUCCUGUCAAUCAUCCACAAGAUGACCAAAACCGGGACAGAUAAGGAUCCUCACAGCCUUCUCGAUGAGUGCAUCAAAUGGCAGACUCCAUAUGGGCUGCAGCUGCAGUUCGACUGGAAAACUGACGAAGACGACAGCAGAGGCAUGCGGUUCUUCAUCCACCUCAAGGAUAACCUGAUCGUGAAAAACAAGAAGCGCUGGAGUCAGAUCAUGUACAUGACCUACAUACUGGACUAUGCAGCUUACUACAAACCACUUGGAAUGGAGAGUGGCGCCAUCGAAGAUGCGCAGAUCACACGGCCACCAGAGUCUAGCCAAGAAGGCUCCCUCCGCUUGCACGGGCAGUCACCCUGGGAGGGUGCAGCUUCUAAUGCCGAGCAGUUUUCGCAGGAAAUAUCGAUCGACCUUGGAGAAGAGUUACGGGUGACGGGGAUCGUGUUACAGGCAGGAGACUCAGGCACCAAUGGACUCGUAACGAAGAUCAAGGUUGAAGAUCAGGAAAUACAGGUUCCAUGGCCUGAUAAAGCCCAAGCCGACAGUACGGUAACGUGCCUUCUGGAAGAGGAGAUCUCCACGACGAACGUAAAGAUUGCACUUUUGGACUGGAAUGGAAGGGACGACAGCCCACCGAAGCCACCAUGUCUGAGGAUGGAGUUACUGGGAUAUGCCGAAGGUGACCUUGACCGUGACACGUACAUCCUGGCAACCGACGCUGACGUCAAGUUCACUCCAAAGUCAGCCAACUCGCUGCUCGACCUUGCGCAGUGGAACCCGGAUGUAGGAGCCGUGUGCGGAAGGACACACUGUCUGGGCUCCGGACCGAUGUACUGGCUACAGCUGUUCGACUACGCCGUGGGACACUGGUUUCAGAAGGCCGCUAACAGUACCCUGGGAACCGUGCUAUGCUGUCCGGGCUGCUUCAGUGUGUACCGCUGCAGCGCCGUCAGAGAAUGUGUCUCCACGUACGCCACAAAGACAGAGGUGGCCAAGGACUUCCUCAUGAAGGACAUGGGGGAGGACCGUUGGCUCUGCACACUCAUGGUUGAGCGCGGGAAGCGGCUUGUCUACACCUCCAUAGCCGAGGACAGCACCUUCGUGCCUGAGUCGUUCGACGAGUUCUUCAACCAGCGCAGGCGGUGGGGGCCUUCCACCGUGGCCAACCAAAUCGAGCUCCUGAGGAAGUGGAAGAGAGGCGACAUCAACAACUCCUCCGUGUCCUUCCUCUUCAUGCUGUACCAGCUGCUGCUCUUCUUCUCCUUUCUGAUUGGCCCGGCCACUGCAAUUCUCAUUGCAUCUGGUGGUUUGGACUUUUACCUGUCCGGCAGUUUCCCCUUGGAGGCGACUAUAGCCAUCAUGUCGAUCCUGACUUUCCUGUUCGGGUUCAUCUGCCUUAGGUACAAGCAAGAUACUCAGUUGAAGUGGGCCAAGGCUUUGGGUUCCCUGUUUGGAGUCGUUAUGAUCAUGGUUAUGGUAGCCCUGGUGGAGAAGAUUGUGAAGACUGUUGUGGACUUCGUGGACAGUGGCAGUAUCGCCGCACCAGGAACCAACUCGACCUUUGGCAUCGAAGAGGGAACCCGAGAGGGAGCGACCGGAGGUGGGAGCCAGGACGGUGGGGGCGACAUAUUCGACUCCAUCGGGAAAACUUUCCGAAGAAUGUUGGGAAUAUCACAGGAAACUAAGGACGAGACCAAAGCUAACGAUCCUGGUAAGCAAGACAAGCCCAAAGCUGGCGCUGAUGACAAGGAUGACGUCACCACGCCUCUCCUUGAUACAGUAGAUGAAGAAGAGGAGGAUGGGGAUGACUUAACCCAUGCAGAUCUAAGUGACAUCAGACAAGAGGCGAAAUCGUACGGUUUAGAAGUAGUCAAUGUCCCGGGAGACGGGAACUGCUUCUUCCGUGCGGUUGCUCACGACCCAAGUGUCAGGAUGAACAGUGCGGAACUUCGCAAGGAAGCCGUCAAGCACAUAACAAAUAACCAAUCUACCUUCCAGAGAUUCCUUAGCAGUGAUGACGGAUAUGAGGAUUUUCAGCAGUAUCUCAGUAGAAUGGGUAAGGAGGGGACGUACGCGGAUCAUAUCGCUAUCCAGGCUACGGCAGACGUCUUGAAAAUCCCCAUCCACAUCCUGAACGAGGACCGUCCUACCACGCUUAUCAAACCGCAGCAAGGGUCAGACCGCAGUCCUAUCUUUGUCGGAUACUUACGUGACAGCAAGCACUAUGUCGCCACGAGAACGCUCAAGAAAGUCAAUGGUGGUAUGAGGAGGAAGUCUCGACGCUCAGCAAAGGUCUCUAUGAUGGUCCUACCGGGGCAGGAGGUAUCCGAAUGGCUGGCUACGGUGUUCAGCGGGGACGAUUAUCUUAAGAAUCUGUACGAGCCCAGUUUCAUCAAUAACGGAUAUGACGACACGAGCUACAUAGCGGAAAUGACGUCAGAGGACUUGGAGAAAAUAGACAUUAAAGAUGACCUACACCGAGAACGUCUUCUGAGCCACAUCAAGAAGUUAAAACCGCGCCGCUUCCGCAGUCGGAUACCGAACGACACAGCUGAUUGGCUGACCAGAAUUGGGCUACCAGAGUACAUUGAAAAGUUCGAGAGAGACUUCAAAGGGAAACACGAUCUGGCCCGGCUUAAAUCCCAUAACCUACAACGGCUGUUCGACAGACUCGGGAUAAAGAAGAGAGCUCACAUUGACCGCCUGAAGAAGUCAAUUGCCAGCAUGAGGGAACCGACCGAUGAGGAGAAACUGCAUGAGGAAGUUAGGAGACUCAUUGAAAAGAAACAAGUAAAAGACAUGGCGCACGCUGAGCCACUCAUGAAGAAACAACAUGACAUCUGGGAAGAUCUGCGAGAUUGGUAA